AAGUCAAUAUUGACAAAUGGCUGAAUUAAAAUGUCACUUUCUCGAUAAAAUUGUAUAAACAUCGCGAUCCGAUCCGCUUAAAUGCACUAAAAAUGGAUGCUAUCUGUCGUCUAUGCAGUUCUACGAAAUUUGUCAAUAAUUAUAUAUUUGAUGAAGAAAAUGCACUGUUUUUAAAAAUGUCUUUAUAUUUACCUUUCAAGAUACUGAAGAACGAUCGGCUGCCUCAGAAGAUUUGUGACAAAUGUAGCUGCAAAGUAAACGACUUUUAUCAGUUCUGUAACGAAGCUAUCGAGGUCCAGUCGAAAUUGCGCAGUAUAAUAAUAGAUUCAGGUAUUACAUUAGACAGCAACAACUGUUUGGGGACAGCGGCCGAGCCUCAGCCCUCCGCUGUCAAAAUUAAAGUGCUACUGGAGCAAGAGACACAGACAGAUGGAGAUAAAUCAUCUAGUGUGGAAGUUGAAGUCAAAGUUAAAGAAGAAAUAAUAGAACCAAAACCUUCCCCCCUGCGGCUGCCUGUCAAAACAGAAGAAGAUUGUUCAGACAGCGACAGCUCGGCCGGCUCCAACGCUGUGCUGUCCGAUGCAAGCGAGGACCUGUCUCUGUUUAGUCUUAAGGAGAUAAAGAGAAAAGAAAACGGUAAUGCACCUAAGAAUGGUCAAGUAGAAGGAAAUAAAAGAGGUAGAAAGAGGAAGGGAAAGUUAAAAGAUUUAGAGAUUUUGAUAAACUCACUCAACACGAACUCUGCUCUCACCGUGCUUAAAAAAAAGGAUAGAAACAUAAUUGCUGAAGAGGAGGAUAGCAAGACGGGGAAAAUAAAAUUAGAUCCAGGGAAAAGAAACAAGAAAAGCAAAAAGGAGGAGCAGCCGCAGGAUGUGUACCAGUGCUGCAUCUGCUUCAACAAGUUCUACACGCGGGCCGACAUCCUGCACCACUACAGGUUGACACACUACACCAUUUGACUGCAACUCUAUUUUAUUACAUUAACCUUCAUACUAUUAUUGUAAAGGUGAAAGUUUGGGAUGGACGGAAAGAUGUUUGUUACUGUGUAUCUAUCAUAUUCAGGAAAGACACAGGCUGCUCACUAAAGAUUUUUUAAAUCUUGCAUUGAUGAAGUUGCAAGCAAAAUCUAGUUUAUUUAUAAGUUUUUUGGGUAAGUAAUAGUAUGGUCCAUUAUGGUUCAAAAGCGAAUAAUUUGCAGGAUGAUCUGAUAGUGUAAGUUGUACGAUCGCCUUAUGUUUGAGCGCACACGGCACAGCGCCCUUGGCUCAUUGGAGUCCAAUCGUGGGAGAGGUUCGCGGUUUUCCCAGUUUCA